AUAGCUCUUAAUAUCUCUUUAAUAGCCACUAAUACCAUUCUAGUGGCCCUUAAUAGCCCGUAACAUGCUCAGUAGCCCCUAAUAGUCCCUUAAUAGCUCUUAGUACCCUUUAAUGUGCUCUUAACAACUACUAAUGUUCUUCUAAUAGUUCUUAAUACUGUUCUAAUAGUCCCUAAUAGCCCCUAAUGCUCUUAAUAGACCUUAAUGGCUCUCUAAUAGACCUUAAUAGGUUUCUAAUAGCUCCUAGUUGCUUCUUAAGGCACUUAAUAGCACUUAAUAGCUCUGUAAUAGCCCCUAAUAGUUCUUAGUGGCCUAUAACACCCCCAGGUAGCCACAAAUAUUCCCUUAAUAGUUGUUAUUAGCCCUUAAUAGCUCUUUAAUAGUACAUAGUAAUUAGUGAUAGGCCUUUAAUAGACCCUAGGGUGCUCUAAUAGAUGCUAAUACCCCACUAAUAAUUGCCUAAUAGGGCACUAAUAAAGGUUAAUAGAGGCUAAUAAGCUGCUAAUAGCUGCCUGAGAGCCCCCCCCCGGCCUUUUCAGACCCCGUGACACCCCCUGACACCCCGCGACACCCCGCGACACCCCGCCAACACCCGGCGACGCGCUGUUGCCCCCCCCCAGGUACGGGCUGGCGGCGGCGGCGGCGGCGGCGCUGGGCGACGGGCUGGGCCCCCUCCUGCCCCGCGUGGUGCCCCUGCUGCUGGGGGCCCUGCGGCGGCCCCCCGCCCCGGCGGCGCCGGCGGCGCCCGAUUCGUUCCUGCUCUUCGAGGACGGCGAUGAUGCGGACGAGGGGGCGGAGCCUAUGGAGGAGGACGGCGAGGAGGAGGAGGAGCUUCUGGAGGUGGAGGUGGGCGGAGCCUACGCCCAGGAGCUGGAGGAGGCCUGCGAGGCCCUGGGGGAGGUCGCCGAGCACUGCGGCGCCGCCUUCCUGCCCUAUGUGGAGCCCAGUCUGGAGGCCAUGUUGGAGCUGCUGCAGUUCCCGCAGGCGGGGGUGCGGGGAGCCGCCUACACCAGCCUGGGCUGCCUGUGCGUGGGGCUGUACCCGCCGGGGGACCCCGGGCCGCACCACGACCCCGCGCGUCAGGCGGCGGCGGGGCGGGCGGCGGGGGCCCUGGCCGGGGGGGCGGGGGCCGAGCGGGGGCCGGGGGCGGCGGGGGGGGCCCUGGGGGCCCUGGGCCGGGUGCUGGGCCGUUGCCCCCCCGCCGCCGCCGCCCCCCCCGCCCGCCUGCCCCCCCUCUGCCGCCUCCUGCGCGACGUCCUCGCCGGCCAGGUGCCCUGUCUGCAGCCCGGGGCCGGCGAGGAGGAGGAGGACGAGGAGGAAGAGCAGGCGGAGGCGGCGGCGGAGGUGCGGGAGCUGGCGGGGGAGGUGCUGGUGGCCCUGGCCGAGGCCGUGGGGGGGGAACUGGCCCCCCACCUCGACGAGCUGCUGCCGCUCCUGCUCGCCCGCCUGGAGCCGCGGUGCAGCGUGGGGGAGCGCUCGUGGGCGGCGGCCACGCUGGCGGGGGUGGGCGGGGCGCUGGGCGUGGCCUCCGCCCCGCUGCUGCCCCGCCUUGUCCCCGCCCUGGGGGCGGCGGCCGGGGGCGACGCCCACCCGGAGGUGCGGGCCAACGCCCUCCACGCCCUGGGCCGCCUCGCCGCCGCCGCCGGCCCCGCCCUCGGCCCGUAUCCUCCCCACGGCCACGCCCCUUCCGGGGGCGAGGACACGCCCCCUUCCGGGGACAGGCCACGCCCCUUCCGGUGGAGGGUGGGCUCCGCCCCCCCCCCCUUUCUUCAGCAUGGAGGGCUUGGGGGGAGGAUGGGGAGGGGGGAACCAAUGGGGAGGCCACGCCCCCUGUGUGCUAAGCCACGCCCCCUUGUAGCCACGCCCCCUUGUAGCCACGCCCCCCUUAUAGAAGUGGCUCUUCCCCCCCCCCCCCCCGGGGGACGUUCUGCCUUGGCCACGCCCACAGCGCGCAGCCCCGCCCCCUCCCCGGCGACGUUCCGCCUUGGCCCCGCCCCCGCUCUGAAGCCCCGCCCCCUUCCCCGGGGAACCCCACCCUGGCCACGCCCCCUUCCCAUAGCCCCGCCCCCUCCCCGGACGUUCUGCCCUGGCCACGCCCCCAUUCUGAAGCCCCGCCCCCUUCCCCGGGGAGUUCCGCCCUGGCCACGCCCCCUUCCCCAUAGCCCCGCCCCCUCCCCGGAUGUUCUGCCCUGGCCACGCCCCCUUCGCGCAGCCCCGCCCCCUCCCGGGGAUGUUCCACCCUGGCCACGCCCCCAUCCCAUAGCCCCGCCCCAUCCACGGGGACGUUCUGUCCUGGCCACGCCCCCUUCCCGCAGCCCCGCCCCAUCCCCGGCAACGUCCCGCCCUGGCCCCGCCCCCCCUCGGCGCUUGCCCCGCCCCCUGGGGGGUGACGUCACGGCCUGGCCCCGCCCCUUGAUGCGGCAGGCGGGGGGCGGCGGCAGCGGCGCGGGAGGGGCCCGGGGGAGGAGGAGGAGGAGGGAGGGGGUGGGGGUUCCCCGAGGCCCCGCCCCCCGGGGGGAUGACGUCACGCGCUGGCCCCGCCCCUUUCCUUGACG